GGCCGUGGCCACGUGACGUCUUGUGUGUGCGUCUUCGCUUUUGCGCUCUGCGACUGGUUCCAGGAAACUUGUUUUUGCCCGGAGCUCCCCGGAGCUGCCAUGAGCCAGCGGAACCGGGUGUCUUACGUACGGCCCGCCGAGCCCGCGUUCCUGUCCCGCUUCAAGGAGCGGGUCGGCUACCGGGAAGGGCCCACCGUGGAGACCAAGAGAAUCCAGCCUCAGCUCCCAGAUGGAGAGGGUGAUCACAGUGACAAAGAAGAUGAACAGCCCCAAGUGGUGGUUUUAAAAAAGGGAGACCUGACAGCUGAAGAAGUCAUGAAAAUUAAAGCGGAAGUAAAGGCUGCCAAAACAGAUGAAGAACCAGCCGCAGCUGAUGGAAGAAUCCUGUAUCGGAAACCAGUCAAGCGGCCCUCAGAUGAAAAAUACUCAGGUUUAACAGCAAGCUCAAAAAAGAAGAAGACAAAUGAAGAUGAAGUAAAUAAGCAGGAUUCACUUAAAAAGAACUCACAAAAGCAAAUCAGAAACAGCAGCCUCCUUUCUUUUGGCAAUGACGAUGAAAACGAACAUGAAACCCAGCUGUACCAGAGCCAUUUUUUGGCAUAAAGACGACAGCUACUUGCUUUGGUUGUUACGGUGGAAGACUGGAGAGCUUGGAUCUUGAUUGACUGCUGGGCUUGGAACUUCUGGAUACCUAAGGAGGAGGAACACUCUGCUUGUGUAAGCCUCAGCCAGGCUUCUGUUACACACAGCGAGGUGCAGCCCUGAGCAGUGCAGUGUAUCUGGUCAUACAUUCUGCGGACAUACCUCUGUAUUUCUUUCUCUCUCUUUUUUUAUUUUUUGGUAUCGGGGAUCGAACUAGGGACCUUGUGCUUGUGAGGCAGGUGGUGGAACCACUGAGCUCCCCUGUAUUUCUGACAGUUUCCUUAGAACAAAUUGCUGAGGCAGAAUUAUUGGAUCAAAGUAUUUGAGUAUUUUUAAAGCUAUUAAUGUUUAUUGUCAAGCUGCUUUCUAGAGAGGUUUUUAACUACUCUAUUUUAUUCAUUUCCCAUCUCAGAGCCUACUUCAUCUCAUCCAUAACAUUAGCCUUGGCUUAGCACUGAGCUUUGAAUUUCAGUCACCUUGAUGUUUUGGGUUGGUGUUUAACAGUUAAAUUUAAUUGCCAUUUUCUUUGAUCUAUCUAAACAGUUUUUUUAUACAUUAACUGAUUUUACAUUUUUUGGAUUAACUUUGUUCCUUUCCAUUACUACACUCAUGUUUUUCAUACUAAUUAAUGUAUUAUUUAAUCCAUCUUUUCUUUCUUUUCUUUUCUUUUCUUUUCUUUUUUGGUAUUGGGGAUCGAACUCAGGACCUUGCGCUUUCAAGGCAGGCACAGUGCCACUGAGCUACAUCCCCGGCUAAUCCAUCUAUCUUGUUGAUUUACUCCUGAACCUUUCUUACUAAUUUGUAAAUUGUGUAAUCUACAGUCUGUUUUGUUAUUUUGUUUGAGAUGAAUCACCUAUAUUCUCUUCUCUGUUUUCAUUUUUUGGAUUUUAAACUUGAUCUCACCUGGAAUGGAUUUGAACAUACUUUUCCUCCGAUAAUCAAGUGUUCUAGACAUGGGCCAGUUUCUCACUUACUAGGCCACCUGCGUGACUUUUCCACACAUUGCGAUAAGGAGGGGAAGGGACCAUUAUAAAGCCUGAGCCUUUCUAGAUAGAUGAUUCCUUAAGAACCUGCUUAAUCCUAACAUUUUCUUACUAGUUCAACUCAGCCAAGACUGAAGCCUUGUUAAGAUCCAUGUGAAAGUGGAAAUUUCUGACCAUCCUGUCUUGAAUUUGGAGCAGCAUCUAUUUUUCUUACAUUUUAAGCACGUAGUAUAAAAACUACUCAAACUAAAAAUACAAGGACUACCCAAAAUUAGUGCGUCUGGAAGGGCUAGGAAAGUCUGAAAUAGCUUCUUUCUAAAUUACUCAAAUUAGUCCUGAAACCAUUCAGCAGUGCCGACCGUCUUUAAUGUAUACACACUUACGUAAGCCAAGGUGGGUUUUUCCUUAUCUGUAUUAUUGCUAUAUCUAUUAAAAAGCUUUUGCAGCCGGGGAUUUACCUCAAUGGUUCCACUGCCUGCCUCGCAAGCACAAGGUCCCAAGUUUGAUCCCUGGUACCAAAAAAAAAAAAAACUUUUGCACAGCAAGAGAAACCACCAUCA